GCGCACGUUUAAAACCGCACACUAAACGUCGUCCCUAUCUCUCCGAUCGUCAGCAAUGGCGGCGCCCCUAAUUUUCCGGCGAAGCUGCAGCGUCAUCUUUCCGUCAGUGAUGUUUUUCACAGUCCUCUGCUCCCUCUCCGCCGCCGGCGAGCUCCAUACCCUCCUUACCAUUAAAGCGGCCCUUCAGAAUCCCAACACCAAGAUCUUUGACUCAUGGAAAGCGGGCGUUCCGGCGUGCAAUUUCACCGGAAUUACUUGCGGCCCCAAUGGUUCAGUCAAAGAAAUUGAACUUUCAGGCCAAGGGAUCUCUGGCUCUCUCCCUUUCGAUUCUAUCUGCUCUCUCAAAUCUCUGGAAAAGCUCUCCCUCGGCUUCAAUUCGCUUUCCGGCAAUGUUUCCGACGGCUUGAAUCGCUGCGUUAGCUUGACGUACUUAAACCUUGGGAACAAUUUCUUCUCCGGCGCGGUUCCGGGAAUAUCGUCGCUCAAUGAGCUGACGCAUUUGUACCUGAAUAACAGUGGGUUUACCGGGAUGUUCCCUUGGGAUUCACUGAAAAACAUGACGAAGCUGGAGGUUCUCUGUCUGGGGGACAAUCCGUUCGACCGGUCGAAGUUGCCGGAAUUUGUUGUGCAGUUUCCGAGGAUGAAAUGGCUUUAUUUGUCCAAUUGCAGCCUUGAAGGAAAAAUCCCAGACGGGAUAGGAAACCUCACGGCGCUGAUCAAUUUGGAGCUGUCGAUGAAUUAUAUUUCCGGCGAAAUACCAGCCGGAAUUACUAAGCUCCGGAGGCUAUGGCAGCUCGAACUGUACAACAACGAGAUCACGGGGAAGCUACCGGUUGGGUUGGGUAAUCUCUCGAAUCUUGAAUAUUUUGAUGCUUCAGCCAAUUUCCUCUAUGGCGGACUUUCCGAAAUCGGGCAUUUGAAUGGGCUCAUAAGUUUGCAACUUUUUGAGAAUGAAUUUACCGGCGAGAUCCCGCCGGAGUUGGGUGAGUUUCAGAAUCUCGUGAACUUGUCGCUCUACACGAACAAGCUCAGUGGACCGCUCCCUCCUAAGCUUGGCUCGUUGUCGGAGUUUUAUUUGAUUGAUGCAUCGGAGAAUUUCCUCACCGGACCUAUUCCGCCGGAGAUGUGUAAACAGGGGAAGAUGAAGAUGAUCUUGCUUCUCCAGAAUAACCUCACCGGAGAAAUACCCCAAACUUACACGAACUGCACUAGCCUGAAGCGUUUCCGGGUGAGCAAAAAUUUACUCUCCGGUGUAAUUCCUGCCGGGAUCUGGGGACUGCCGGAACUCUACAUCCUAGAUGUCGCGAACAAUAUAUUCGAAGGUUCCAUCACCGGCGAUAUCAAGAACGCAAAAACACUGGCGCAGCUGUACGCUUCAAAUAACAGACUGUCCGGUGAAUUGCCGUCUGAGAUCUCCGGCGCUACUUCUCUGGUUACAAUCGAACUGGGCCACAAUCAACUCUCCGGCGAAAUCCCGGCGACCAUUGGAAAAUUGAAAUCGCUAGAUACAAUUCACCUCCAGGAAAACAAGUUUUCCGGCGCAAUCCCGGAAUCACUCGGCGAAUGUGUUUCCCUGAGCGACAUAAACAUGGCUUCCAACUCUCUUAGCGGCCCCAUCCCUUCUUCUCUCCAAUACCUGUCGACUUUAACUACAUUAGAUCUAUCAGGAAAUCAACUUUCCGGCGAAAUCCCGGCAAGUCUAUCACAGUUAAAGCUGAACCUCCUCGAUCUAUCCAACAACACCCUCUCCGGUCCCAUACCGGACUCUCUCUCUAUCGAUGCAUACAACGGCAGCUUCGCCGGGAACUCAAGACUCUGCAGCCGGAACAUCAAAUCCUUCAGAAAGUGUUCGCCGGAAUCCCAAAACUCCCGCUUCAUUCACCCGCUCUUGAUUUCCCUGUUCGCUCUCUCCAGCACCGUUCUUCUUUCCCUGGCGUGUUUCUUCUACUUAGAGAAGAGCCGGGAACGGUCUCUCAAAGACGAAAGCUGGGAUCUUGUCUCUUUCCGGCCACUGACCUUCUCGAAAAAGGAAAUCUUAGACGCUAUCAAGCAAGAAAACAUCAUCGGAGAAGGCGGGUCCGGCAGCGUCUACCGUGUGAUUCUCCCAAACGGAACCGAAUUAGCCGCGAAACACAUAUGGAACUCCGGCAACCAUCACCAGGGACCCUCCCUCUCGCCGGGAUCCAGACGUCGGACGGUGUCGAAACAGUUCGAGGCAGAGGUUCAAACGCUGAGCUCGAUUAGGCACAUGAACGUGGUGAAGCUGUACUGCAGCAUGAUCGGCGAGGAUUCGAAUCUUCUGGUUUAUGAGUACAUGCCAAACGGGAGUCUCUGGGACAUUCUCCACACGACGAGGAAGAUGAAGACGGCGGUGGACUGGGAGAUGCGGUACGAGAUCGCCGUCGGCGCCGCAAAGGGCUUGGAGUACCUCCACCACGGGUUGGGCCGGCCCAUCGUCCACCGGGAUGUCAAGUCCAGUAACAUUUUGCUGGACGAGGAUUGCCGGCCCAGAAUCGCCGAUUUCGGGCUUGCAAAGAUGAUCCAAUGCGGCGGCGACGCCGGCGGUAUAGAAUCCUCUCAUGUCAUUGCCGGAACUCAUGGAUAUAUCGCUCCAGAAUAUGGAUACACGCAAAACGUGAAGGAGAAGAGCGAUGUGUACAGUUUCGGAGUAGUUUUGAUGGAGCUAGUUUCGGGAAAGAAGCCGAUUGAGGCGGAGUACGGGGAGAACAACGAUAUUGUGAGUUGGGUGAGCGCCAAUUUGAAGAGCAAAGAGACGAUAAUGAGCCUUGUUGAUUCAGAAAUCCCGGAGCACCACAAGGAAGAUGCCAUAAAGGUUUUGAGGAUUGCAAUAUUGUGCACCAAUGCCCUCCCAAACUCAAGGCCAACCAUGAAGAGGGUGGUUCAGUUGUUAAAAGAUGCUGAGCCUAGUAAAUUAGUUGGGGAAAAAUGGUUGGUUAACUUCCAAUGGACAAUUUUGCCCCCCCGAAGGUUUGGUCUGAUUUGAUCUGUUCCAAUGCGUUAGAGUUUGAAAAGACCAUUUUUUCCUGGCACUUAUUAGGGUUGGAUUUUGAAAAUAACAUUAAAAUUUUAAUGGUGCAGAUUAAUUCUGAAAACGCAAACGCAAAAGGCUACCAUCGGAUAACUUUUUCAAAAUGCUAACGCUAAUCUCUGACGCUGAUGCCAAACGGGACCAUAGCACACCAUGACGUUAAGGGAGUGUGGA